GACAAUACGUACUUGACAUUAACUUAGCUAUAAUAAAUUAAAUUUUAUUUAUUUUUUAGGUUAUAUUACAAAAUCUUUUGUCUUACUGAUUUUGAAAAUAGUUAACUAUUCGGUCAUUAAUCAUCAAUAAAAAAUAUUAAAGUUGUAUAGACAAAGGCCAUAAAAGUAUGGCAUUGAAUAGAUUAUUUGCUAACCUCGUAUUAGCACCUACUAUAAUCAGUAGAAGAGCAGUCCAUGUUACUGCAUUUCAUUUUGCUAGUAAACCCAAUAUUGAAAAACCUAAACCAGGAUUUGGUAAAAGUUAUAGACGAAUUGUACAUUUCACCGAUGAAUAUACAGUGAAACCUUUAGAAGUAACCAAUCUUGCUGGCAGAGAUCCAGUUACAGGUCGAGUGGUUGCAAAAGGUAUAGGUGGUGGCAUCAAACACAAGUAUCACUGGAUAGACUGGGUCAGAGAUGGUCCUACUGAGGGCCCACCACAAGAAGAGAAAGUUAUACAGAUAAUGGAGGAUGGGUGUAGAACAGCUCAUAUUGCUUUAGUUGCAGUUGGCGAAAAACUUAAAUAUAUAUUAGCAACAGAAAACAUGAAACCAGGACAAAUUCUAAAGUCCUCUAGAGAACUGCCUAGGAUACCAGUACGAGCAAAUGAGGGUGAUGCUUAUAUAUUGGGUGCUUUACCUGCUGGUACACUGGUACAUUGUAUUGAAAAGGAACCAGGACAAGGGGGACUAUACAUCCAUGCUGCAGGAACCUUUGGAACGAUACUGCGGAAACAAGAUGAUAGGGUCAUUGUUCAGAUGCCCUCCAAGAGACAGUUCAGUUUUAAUCAAUAUUGUAUGGCAGUCGUUGGUCGUCUGUCUAAUGUGGAUCAUGGUGAUACCCCUAUUGGAUCACCUCAGCGGAAUAGAUGGCUUGGUAACAGGCCACGGUCUGGUCUCUGGAAGCGCAAGGACGGCCGACACGGCAGAAAGAUUAAGCCACCGAAACCAGUCAAACUGAUUACAAAUCCUGAGAAACACCCACUUCCACCUAUACAAAUGACGAUGAACCCCUAAUUGUUAAUUUAAAAUAGUUCAGUUUUAUGUUGUAAUAUAUACAGUAAUAU